CUCUGCGUUUCAGUUCGGGCUGCACCGCUGCACGGCGCGGAUAAACAUUUCUCUUCCUCCUCACGACGCACGCGUCGCGACGCGCAGCGUCGUAACUGCGCGCAUUAAACUCGCCUCGGCAGUCGCGCUCGCGAGUAAGAGUGUCUCUCUGAUAGCAGAGAGAAAAAAAGAAGAAGAAAAGAGAGGAAAGGAAGUAGCACUCCCUGACGAAGAUCCGGGGCUUCGCUUUACGAGCUCGUCGCGUUUCUCCCGUGGCGAACUCGAGGAGCGAAGAACUCGGAGAGGUGAAAUCGACGGUAGGAGAAGGUGACGGUACACGUGGACGGGCGCGUGUCAGGGUCGCCAAGACUGAGCAAAGGGUGGCACGCACAGGGAACAAUCGAUCGUCAUCAAGUAGAACUGAAAAUCCUUCAAACUGGGCGACGGAAGAGGAAAACAUCGACGGGUAAGAAUGGCGGACGAAGCCCAGCAGAGUCAACAGCCGACUACUAAGAGACAUAAGGUUCUAAGUCAUCUGCCCAUCGCCAUCAAAGUGCUCGAAGUGAUACUAUCUAUCUUUGCAACUGGACUGGUGGUCGAUCCGAUGAACUCGUUCCAGCGCAUCUUCAAUAAUAGGCCGCGAUUUAAAUUGGACGACGCUGCCACUAUAUACGUCACGAUCGCCGGCUAUAUUCUCAUCAAUGCGCUCUUCAUCAUCAGCCACGCACUGGGCGAUCGCGUGCCGAAAAGAACGUUGCUGAUGUUCGCGUCCGUGGGCGGAUUUAUGCACGUCGUGGCCGGAAGUCUAAUAGUCCACAAUUGGCGGCACAUGAACGGCCAUUACUAUUACGUGCACAACAAUGAGAUCCAUCCCAGCAAGAUGUACAUGGACAUGCUUAUAUCGUCGGCCGUGUUUACAUUCGUCAACGCAGUGGCAUUUGUCGCGGAAAUUAUCGCCAUUGUGAGAUACUCGUGAAUACCUGCGUUUUCGCAAGAAAGUCCGUCGAUCCGUACGAGUCGAAGAACUCGCCGGUAUCACCAAAGCUAUGGAUAGUUUGUUUAAAAGAAAGAAGGAAGAAACAUACGAAAGAUUUUAAUCGUUAGACCUUAUUAUAAGCAGUUUCACCGAACUUUUUGAAAUUUACGUUAUAAUUUGACACCUCAAUAUUUUAUGAGUUAAGAAAUUUGAGAAAUUAAAAAUAGAAAGAAUAUAUUUGGUGAUGUGAAUCGUCACAAUUUUAAUAUCUCUUUCCCGGAGGAAGAAUUCGAGUUGUACAAUCUUUUGUACAACUCGUAAAUGAAUUGUACAAUCUUUUAAAAAUAUUAAUUCUGUAAAAUUAUCAAACAUAUGCAUAUAAAGUCGUAUUAGAAAUAGUAAGAAUAUUAUAUAAUAUUUGUUAUCACAACGUAGUAGCGUAUAAGGCCGUACAAUAUAUACAUGUAAUUAUCGUUAGAAAAGAUUUAGUAAUUAGUAGAGUUAGCAUAGUUAUAGUAAUUGUCUAAUAACGAGACCAAACGCGAAAUUACAAUCUCCUCGCACAACAGCCGCGAUUACCGAAAUAUUCUUUGCUAUUCGGAUGAAAGAAAGAUAUUCAUUCGCGUACAAAUCCGUCCAUUUUUGUACCUAAAGCGUUUAUUUCUACAGAAUAUUGCAAAUAAACAAAUUUUAUGCUACUUUUAAGUGCAAUGAAAAGAUCUCUUUCUAUUUUAGCUUAUCUACUUGUCUUUAUUCAUCUUUUUAAAUAAAAAGUAUUCGCCAGAUUGCAGCUGAUAAAUUUACAGCAUUGAUAAAGUACACAAAAAUUUGUUCAUUAAUGUUUCAUACUCUAUAUGUUUUUUUUUUUUCAGCUAAUGCUUGUAUUUUGUAUAAAAAAAUAAAUGUAAAGAUGCAAAAAUUAAA